UUAUCAGGGUAAAUAAUCGCCGCUGGACGUUUAGGGUUAUAAAAAGUGCUUGAAUUUAUUGUACAAGUUAUAAUAUCAUCACCUUUUUGUAUUCUGCAUUGAAUAAAAGUUUUCAAGUUAUAAGCAUUGUUCCUUACCAGAACCAUGUUCAUAUACAUACUUCUGGUUGUACUCGUGUUGGGUGCCUUAGGGUUGGUGAUACAUUUUUCUUUAGAUAAGAAAGUAAUCUACAAAGAUUUGAAGGAUAAACAUGUAGUUAUAACCGGUGGUUCAAGCGGUAUAGGAAAAGCAGCGGCAGUGGAGGCGGCAAGGCUUGGGGCUCACGUUACUGUUAUUGGGCGUGACACCGGUAAACUUACUGCAGCUGUGGCGGAAAUAACUGCGAGCUGUAGAGAUCAAAAGAAUCAGAAAGUUCAAUACGUUGCACUAGACGUUACCUCUGAUUACAAAGCCAUAGAACAAUGUUUUGUAUCUAUUGAAGAGAAACUAGGCCCUAUAUUCAUGUUAAUCAACUGUGCUGGAAUGUGUAUCUGUGGUCAAUUUGAAAAGACGGAUCCCGAUGUGAUUAAACAGAUGGUUGAUCUCAAUUAUUUUGGUACUGCUUACCCAACACGCUGUGUGCUACAAGGUAUGAAGAAACGGAAUGAGGGACUUAUUGUAUUUGUGAGUUCUGAAGCUGCAUUAAUUGGUAUUUAUGGCUACAGUGCUUACAGUGCUGGGAAAUGGGCUGUGCGUGGUCUAGCUGAGUCUGUGAUCAUGGAGCUUGUGGGCACUAAUGUAAGGUUGACCUUAGCCUUCCCACCAGACACAGAUACUCCUGGCUUCAAGAAUGAGGAUCUUACUAAACCAGAGGAGACAAAACUGAUAUCAGGAACAGCGGGAUUACAUUCACCUGAUGAUGUCGGCAAGCAAAUGAUUCAUGAUGCUCUUACUGGCAAGACCUACUCGGUGUAUAGUGUCACUGGUACAUUGCUGACACUUUUGUUUGGUGGUUCCCUAGAGAGUGGUAUGCAAGUAGUUUUACAAGUAUUGUCUCUGAGUGUUGUAAGAAUUAUUAUGGUUGGAGUCCUACUAUCUUUUUAUAACAUUGUUAGGGACGGGCUCAAGAAAAAGAAUGAGGUUAAAACCAAAUAAUGUUUAUUUAUUAUUUGAAACUUUGGAAAUAUGGGAAUUUGUAAUUGAUCAAUGACCUUGCUUGCAAGAACAUCCAAACUGAACAAUACAAUUGUUGUAGAUAUUAAGUACAUACUUAUUAUUUAUAUUUCUAGAAACUGUUAUGUAAUA